CACCCACACCCCACACCCCACCUCCAGCCCAGUCUGUUUUUGGACUGUGAGAUAAAUUAGACACACACACACACACGAAAAAAAACAACAACGACGACGACGACGACCCCAACGUCGCGGCGAUGGUGACCAAGGCUGAGCUCAUGUCUCCCCUUCUCUCAGACCCCCUGUACCCCUCUCUGGAUGCCUACCCCAAGCUGGAGGAUAUGAUGAUGACGGGCACCUUUGUGACAGCCUCCACCGAUCAGCCUUUUUACGGGGAGCCCCUCGACCACUUUGAGCAUCUGUCAGCAGAUACCUUCACGGACAUCUCUCCGAGCGGCGAGAAAACAGUGAUCGACCCCAACUACUCGGGUCACAGCUGCCCUCUGCCGCCCAUCACCUACACCGGCCGCUUCACGUUGGAACCCGCACCCAACAACAACAACAACAACAACAGCAACAACAGCAACAACAACAACAGCGGUACCCUGUGGCCGGAGCCUCUGUUCAGUCUGGUCAGCGGCAUCGUGAGCAUGAGCAGCCCGUGUGCCCCCCCCACCUCCAGCCACAGCCUCGGCUGCUCCAUCCCCCACAGUGAGGCGCCUCCCACCUUCUCCACCUGCGCCUCGGACAUCUUCCCGGAGCCCCCACCCCAGGGGUUCCCCGGGGUCGGCGGCUACGCGCCCCCGGCGUACCCCGGCAGCAAGAGCUUCCAAGUGCCCAUGAUCCCCGAGUAUCUCUUCCCCCACACCACCACCAGCACCGCCACCGCCGCCGCCAUCACCGCCAACCCGCAGGAGGACAUGACCAUGGCCACCUCAGAGCAGAAGCCUUUCCAAUCCCUGGAGGGCAGAGUGCAACCCUCCCUCAUCCCACUGUCCACCAUCAAAGCCAUCGGCAGCCAAGCUCCAUCCCCGGAUCUCAAGACCCUCAACCACACCUACCAGUCUCAACUGAUCAAACCCGCCCGCCUGAGAAAGUACACCAACCGGCCCAGCAAGACCCCCCCCCACGAGAGGCCGUACGCGUGCCCCGUCCAGACCUGCGACCGCAGGUUCUCCCGGUCCGAUGAACUGACUCGCCAUAUCCGCAUCCACACCGGCCAGAAGCCCUUCCAGUGCCGGAUCUGCAUGAGGAACUUCAGCCGGAGCGACCAUCUGACCACCCACAUCCGCACGCACACGGGAGAGAAACCCUUUGCCUGCGAGAUCUGCGGCAGGAAGUUCGCCCGAAGCGACGAGAGGAAACGACACACCAAAAUCCACCUGAGGCAGAAGGAGAAGAAAGCAGAGAAAGCCGUUUCCAUUUCCACCACCUCUUACCCUUCUCCAGGCACAUAUCCCUCAUCCGUGGUGACCAGCACUUACCCAACAGUGACUAGCAGUUACCAGUCUCCAGUGACCAGCACAUAUCCUUCAGUGACCAGCACAUAUCCUUCAGUGACCAGCCCUUACCCAACAGUAACUAGCCCUUACCCAUCAGUGACCAGCCCUUACCCAUCAGUGACCAGCCCUUACCCAUCAGUGACCAGCCCUUACCCAUCAGUGACCAGCCCCUACCCAACAGUAACCAGCAGUUACCAGUCCCCAGUAACCAGCAGUUACCAGUCCCCAGUGACCAGCAGUUACCAGUCCCCAGUGACCAGCAGUUACCAGUCCCCAGUGACCAGCAGUUACCAAUCCCCAGUGACCAGCAGUUACCAGUCCCCAGUGACCAGCAGUUACCAGUCUCCGGUGACCAGCACAUAUCCUCCAGUGACCUCAGCUCUCUCGGAGAUGCCAUCUACCCUUUCCCCAAGGACAAUUGAGGUCUGAAGAUCUCGCUCGGAUCUCUUCCCCCCCCCCCCAAGUAAAUCUAUUUAAAAUAACUUUUGUUCAAAAAAGUAUAAAUAGACGUUGCCUCGCUGUGUUGUUCAUGCACCAUAUGCCUGCAGCCCCCCACAUUCUGCAGGUUGUACUGUUCUAUUGUGGAGAACUUACUUGCAUAUCGCAUACUAUAUUAUCUGCAGUUAGCAGAGUGUUUUUGGUCAAUGUUUCUAUUGUGCAAUGCUGUGAUGAAUUCCUUUUUUGAUUUUUUUUUAAAAAGGAAGACAAAGCACUAAUAAUGCAGUACCGUAUCAGCAUGUGCAGGUGUGAUGUCCUGAUUCUGUGAAUAUCACCUUUGGUACUCACGCAGCAAAACUUUGUUUUCUUUCAAACAGUUUCAAAGUUCUAUGAUUAAAAAAAAAAAACAGUUUGUGUGCCUUUAUGUGGAGCCUUGCUGACGUGUGUCUUUGUGGAUGGAUGCGCUGCAUCAAGCCUUGAAGGCGAAAG